CUCAAUCCAUAAAAUCCAACCGAAAAAUAAGUAAAAAUGUAUCAACAGAUGUUAAAUUACGACGUUGGAGGUAAAAGCAAAACUGAAGCAAGUUCCAAACCAUCUAUAGUAAAGCCGGAAAAGUCAAAUAAGUCAGUCAAGAAGAAAACGGGAAAGAAUGUGAAGGAAGACACAGGGAACAGCCAAACAAGAAAGACUCUAAAGUCAGCAACGCCUAAACCAGAGGAUCGGCCGAGCCCGCCCCCGAAACAAACUGUCCCUGAAGAGUUUACUUGCCAUUUCAGUUUCGGAGUGGAAACACAUAUUUAACCAUUUAGUGUUAAUUUCUAUGUAUUAGUCAAUUGAUUAUUAUAGAAUGGUGAAUCCAUACAAAAUCAUUCUUUUGGUUUUGAUACAUACAUACUUCUAAAUUGUUCGGCACAAUAAAGAAAAAGAAAGACUGGCAUUUGUAUUGUAACAGGCCACAGCUGCGCGUGCGCUCCUUCGUCAGUUAUCGCUCUCACCGAGUGUGUGUCAAAGUGUUGCGAGUUUGGCCGCCGCUUGUGUUGGAGGGUUACACUAGCUUGACAAAAAACUAAUGACGAAGAUCUGCUAUUCAACCGGUGCCUUCCUGGUGCCGUAUUUGAUAACGAUGGUGGUGGUGGGCAUCCCGCUCGUCCACUUGGAGACCACUUUGGGCCAAUUUUCGAGCGCGGGGUGCAUUUCCGUCUUCAAUAUAAAUCCGCUGUUUAAAGGCGCCGGCUACGCAGUUGUGUUACUGAAUGUGAUGGGGGUGAUGUACUUUGCUACCGUAAUGUCGUACCCCCUACUGUACAUGUUCCAUUCCUUCACUUCACCACUGCCCUGGCAGUACUGUGGCAACACCUGGAACACCGACCAAUGUGUAGAGAUAACCGGCAACAGUUCUCACCUCGUAUCAAAUGGCACUAUUACAACACCUGAAAGCGAAUUCUUUCACAUUCGCCUUUUGCGCGAGACGGCCGGCAUCGAGGACCUCGGCGGCAUCGUGUGGCCGCUCUUUUGGUGCAACGUGAUCUGCUGGAUCAUCGUUUACUUUUGUAUAUGCAACGGAACGAAAAGUGUGGGAAAGGUGGUAUACUUCACGGUGCUGUUCCCCUACGUGGUGCUCACGGCCAUGCUGGCGCGCGGGGUCACGCUGCCCGGCGCGUGGCAGGGUAUUUACUUCUACAUCGUGCCCGAGUGGGGGCAGCUGUUGAACCCUAAGGUGUGGGCGGACGCGGCGACGCAGAUCUUCUUCUCGCUGGGCCCGGGCUGGGGCGGGCUCGUGAGCAUGGCCAGCUUCAACCAGUUCCACUACAACAAUGAGAGGUGUUCAAUCUGGAUCCCCGUAGUGAACUGCGGCACCAGCAUAUUCUCCGGCUUCGUGGUAUUCUCGGUCCUGGGCUUCGCGGCGGAGCGCGCAGGGGUGCCGGUGGGGCAGGUGGCCUCGGCCGGGCCGGGGCUCGCCUUCGUCACAUACCCCGCUACUGUGGUUAUGAUGCCAGCGCCAAAUUUCUGGGCGGUGGUUUUCUUCUUCAUGCUGUUUCUGCUCGGCAUUGAUACUAUGUUUGUAACAAUCGAAGCUGUGAUCGCGGGGCUGCUCGACGAGUGGCCGAAUCUUCGGGCUCGCAAAAGGCUGAUUACUUUCUUCACGUGUAUAGUCCUGUUUGGUCUUUCAAUUAUUUGCAAUAUGGAGGGCGGCAUCCACGUGCUGAACCUCCUCGACUCGCACAUCGCCAUAGUGUGCGUGCCGGUGGUGUGCGCGCUGGAGCUGGGCGCGGUGCACAUGUACGGAGCGGCUCGCCUGCGCCGCGACGUGCAGUUCAUGACGCGGCGGCCGCUGCGGGCGUCCUGGCUGCUGCUGUGGAGGUACGCCGUGCCUGUAGUGCUGCUGGUGAGUGUCUUCUAUUCUAUUCUCUGUGGGGGUGUAAGUACCUGCACCUGGAUCUCUCGAUUGGAACCUGAGUGAGUGUCUUUCAUUCAU